AUGAUCAUCCAGGUUUUCGUUCAUAUGUUUUCUAUUUUAGGUGAUAUUGGAAAUUAUUACUAUGGACAAGGUCAUCCCAUGAAACCACAUAGAAUCCGCAUGACUCAUAACUUGCUGUUAAAUUAUGGUUUAUACAGAAAAAUGGAAAUAUAUAGGCCCCAUAAAGCCACUGCUGAAGAGAUGACGAAAUACCAUAGUGAUGAGUAUAUUAAGUUUCUGCGGUCCAUACGGCCAGACAACAUGUCUGAGUAUAGUAAGCAGAUGCAGAGAUUCAAUGUUGGGGAAGAUUGUCCAGUGUUUGAUGGACUCUUUGAAUUUUGUCAGCUCUCCACUGGUGGCUCAGUUGCGGGGGCUGUGAAGUUAAACCGGCAACAAACUGAUAUGGCUGUUAACUGGGCUGGUGGAUUACAUCACGCAAAAAAAUCAGAAGCAUCAGGAUUCUGUUAUGUUAAUGAUAUUGUGCUUGCCAUCCUUGAAUUACUAAAGUAUCAUCAGAGAGUGUUAUAUAUUGAUAUAGAUAUCCAUCAUGGUGAUGGUGUUGAAGAAGCUUUUUAUACAACAGAUCGUGUAAUGACUGUUUCAUUCCAUAAAUACGGGGAGUAUUUCCCUGGCACAGGAGACUUGAGGGACAUUGGUGCUGGAAAAGGCAAAUACUAUGCUGUCAAUUUUCCAAUGAGAGAUGGUAUAGAUGAUGAGUCCUAUGGGCAGAUAUUUAAGCCUAUUAUUUCAAAAGUGAUGGAGAUGUAUCAGCCAAGUGCGGUGGUUCUGCAGUGUGGCGCGGAUUCUUUAUCUGGCGAUAGACUUGGGUGCUUCAAUCUCACAGUCAAAGGUCAUGCUAAGUGUGUAGAAGUUGUAAAAACUUUCAACUUACCAUUACUGAUGCUCGGAGGAGGUGGAUAUACAAUCCGUAAUGUUGCUCGGUGUUGGACAUAUGAGACAGCAGUUGCUCUUGAUUGUGAGAUUCCUAAUGAGUUGCCAUAUAAUGAUUAUUUUGAGUAUUUUGGACCGGACUUCAAACUGCAUAUUAGUCCUUCAAACAUGACAAAUCAGAACACUCCAGAAUAUAUGGAAAAGAUAAAGCAGCGUUUGUUUGAAAAUUUGCGCAUGCUACCUCAUGCGCCUGGCGUCCAGAUGCAGGCGAUCCCGGAGGACGCUGCACGUGAGGACAGUGGAGACGAGGAUGGAGAGGACCCGGACAAGAGGAUUUCUAUUCGAGCAUCUGACAAGCGGAUAGCUUGUGAUGAAGAGUUCUCAGAUUCUGAGGAUGAAGGGGAAGGAGGUCGUAGGAACGUGGCUGAUCAUAAAAAAGGAGCAAAGAAAGCUCGGAUCGAAGAAGACAAGAAGGAAACGGAAGACAAGAAAGCAGAUGUAAAAGAAGAAGAUAAAUCGAAGGACAAUAGUGGUGAAAAACCAGAUACCAAAGGAGCCAAAUCAGAACAACUCAGCAACCCUUGAAUCUGAGAGUCUUCCCAGUUUUAGAAAAUCAUUAAAAAGUGAGGAAACAUUGGGACGAAAACUGUUUUCAUUUUGAAGACGUCUGGCUUCAUUUUAUACUACUUUGGCAUGGACUGUAUUUAUUUUUAAAAUGGCUUUUUUGUUUUGUUUUUCUUGGCAAGUUUUAUUGUGAGUUUUUCUAAUUAUGAAGCAAAAUUUCUUUUCUCCACCAUGCUUUAUGUGAUAGUAUUUAAAAUUGAUGUGAGUUAUUAUGUCAAAAACUGAUUAAAGUGAUUGGCCUCUCUGAGCUGAAUUUUCCAUCUUUUGUAAUUAUCUUUAAUAAAAAAUUGUACUUGGA